GUUAUCGGUAUCGAGUAGCAACAGUUUGGUGUGUGCCGUACCAAUUGCAUUUCCAGCACCUUAUCAGGUUAAAUGAUUUAUUAACCAUGUCCAGCUCCAAUGCUAAUCCAUUUGCCCAACUUGAGAAAUCGUUUAAUUAUGAUGGCAAUGUGUAUAAAUAUUUCGAUCUGCCCUCCAUUGACCUAAAGUAUGACAAAUUGCCCUACUCCAUACGUGUUCUACUCGAGUCAGCUGUGCGAAAUUGCGACAAUUUCCAUGUGCUGGAGCAGGAUGUGCAGAGCAUAUUGGGCUGGACAGCAGAUCUGAGGCAGGGCACCAAUGAUGUGGAAGUUUCAUUUAAGCCUGCCCGUGUACUUCUCCAGGACUUUACGGGAGUGCCAGCCGUAGUGGACUUUGCAGCCAUGCGAGAUGCAGUCUUAGAUCUUAAAGGAAAUCCUGAAAAAAUCAAUCCCAGCUGUCCCGCCGACUUGGUCAUCGAUCAUUCUGUCCAAGUGGAUUUUGCUCGCUCCUCCGAUGCUCUUGGCAAGAAUCAGUCUCUGGAGUUUGAAAGAAACAAAGAACGUUUCAGUUUCCUAAAGUGGGGAGCCCGAGCAUUUAACAAUAUGCUGAUUGUCCCACCUGGAUCAGGAAUUGUACAUCAAGUCAAUCUGGAGUAUUUGGCUCGUGUAGUUUUUGAGCAGGAAUUGUCUGAUGGUUCCAAGAUCCUUUAUCCCGAUAGCGUUGUUGGUACCGAUUCACAUACGACAAUGAUUAACGGAUUGGGUGUCCUUGGCUGGGGAGUGGGAGGCAUUGAAGCGGAGGCUGUUAUGUUGGGUCAAUCUAUUUCAAUGCUUUUGCCCGAGGUCAUUGGCUAUCGGCUGGAGGGUAAACUGGGACCGCUAGUUACCUCAACCGAUCUCGUGUUGACCAUUACCAAGCAUUUGCGUCAAUUGGGCGUGGUGGGCAAGUUCGUAGAGUUCUUUGGACCUGGUGUAGCCGAGCUGAGUAUUGCGGAUCGGGCCACGAUCAGUAACAUGUGUCCAGAAUAUGGAGCAACUGUUGGUUAUUUUCCCAUCGAUGAGAAUACACUAAACUAUAUGGCACAAACAAAUCGUUCGGAGAAGAAAAUCAAGAUCAUACGAGAAUAUCUGAAGGCUACCAGGCAAUUGAGAAACUAUUCGCAGCAGGAGCAGGAUCCCACAUAUACAGAUACUGUGACCCUGGAUCUCUCCACAGUGGUUACAUCGGUUUCGGGUCCAAAGAGACCGCAUGACAGGGUCUCGGUCACCAGCAUGUUCCAGGAUUUCAAGUCUUGUCUGACCAGCCCUGUGGGAUUCAAGGGCUUUGGCAUUUCUCCAGAUAACUUGGCUGACAACGGGGAAUUUCAAUGGGAUGAUGGCAAAACGUAUCGAUUGCAACACGGUUCCGUGGUCAUUGCUGCCAUUACCUCGUGCACCAACACAUCGAAUCCUUCGGUGAUGCUGGGUGCUGGUUUAUUGGCCAAGAAUGCCGUACAGAAAGGACUCAGCAUAUUGCCCUACAUUAAAACGUCUCUCUCGCCAGGAUCUGGUGUGGUUACCUACUAUCUGCGUGAGUCUGGUGUCAUUCCCUAUCUGGAGCAGCUUGGCUUCGAUAUUGUUGGAUAUGGUUGCAUGACUUGUAUUGGCAAUUCGGGACCUCUAGACGACAAUGUGGUGAAUACCAUUGAGAAGAACGGACUGGUCUGUGCCGGCGUUUUAUCAGGCAAUCGCAAUUUCGAGGGUCGCAUUCAUCCCAAUACACGAGCCAACUAUCUGGCUAGUCCACUCCUGGUCAUUGCCUAUGCCAUCGCAGGCCGCGUUGACAUCGAUUUCGAAAAGGAGCCACUGGGAGUCGAUAAGGAUGGUGAGGAGGUGUUCCUCCGUGAUAUUUGGCCCACACGUCAGCAUAUUCAGGAAGUAGAGCACAAGCAUGUGAUUCCUGCUAUGUUCCAGGAAGUCUACAGCAAAAUCCAAUUGGGUUCACGUGAUUGGCAAACCCUGGAGGUGUCAGACAGCAAAUUGUAUCCCUGGAGCGCAGCCUCAACUUACAUAAAACGUCCGCCCUUUUUUGAUGGUAUGAGUCGUGAACUACCUCAACCCCGGAGCAUUGAAAAGGCCCGCUGUCUUUUGUUCUUGGGUGACUCUGUGACCACAGAUCAUAUUUCACCAGCUGGGUCGAUUGCUCGCAAUUCCCCAGCUGCUCGUUAUCUGUCCGAUCACAAUCUUACGCCCAGAGACUUUAAUUCUUACGGAUCGAGAAGAGGCAAUGACGCGGUAAUGGUACGGGGAACCUUUGCCAACAUUCGCCUCGUUAACAAGCUGGUGAAGCGAGCAGGCCCGCGAACUGUGCACCUGCCCAGUCAGGAAGAGCUGGAUAUAUUCGAUGCUGCUGAAAGGUACCGUGAAGAGGGCACUCCAUUGGUCUUGCUAGUCGGCAAGGACUAUGGAAGUGGCAGCAGUCGGGAUUGGGCAGCCAAGGGACCAUAUCUGUUGGGUAUUAAAGCUGUUAUUGCAGAGUCCUAUGAGCGAAUACAUCGAUCGAACUUGGUCGGAAUGGGUAUUAUACCCUUGCAAUUUCUGCCCGGAGAGAAUGCCGAGACGUUAAAGCUAAAUGGUCAGGAGAUCUACAACAUUGCCCUGCCCGGCAGCAAUCUCAGGCCCGGCCAAACGAUCGAGGUGGAAGCAAAUGGAGUGCGAUUUGAAACCAUUUUACGCUUUGACACUGAAGUGGACAUUGCAUACCACCUAAAUGGUGGUAUACUUAACUAUAUGAUACGCAAAAUGCUUGAGUGAUGGCAUUUCUUACAGUGUACCUUGCAAAUUCCAUGCGCAUUUGGGUUUAUUUUUUUAAAAGUUGUUAAGUGAAUUUAAAAAUUGGCGCCAAUUUUUCACAUACUAAUAAACUUGUAUCGAAUUCCAAA